AUGAUAUUUUCAUCCAAUUAGAUAAUAGGGUUUGGAUUUUCUUCUAUUUGUGGACAAAAUAAUUCCAUUGAAACUUUAAUUUCAUUUGAUUUUUUUAUUUGACUUUUCUUUUUUGGUUCUCCAAGAUUUCCAAUUUUUUCAGAUUUAUUAUGUAACGUUACAAUUUUUUUUUUUAUUACUCUUCUCUAGAAAACAAAUUUACCAUUAAUGUUUUAUUAUGCCAAAAUUUGAAACAUGUGUUGUAACUGUCCAUAUAAUACAAAUGUAACUCUCAAAUAAAAAACAAUUAAAUAAAUAAUUAGUUACCAUAUUCGAUUGUUAACAUUUAUUCCUCAUGAAACCCUAAUACCACCUAUGAUUUUUGUGAAUAAAUAGUACCCCAAAGUGAACUAGGAAGACCACAAAAGUAUUAUUUGGGAUAUGUUUUUGUCUCCCACUUUGGCACACUAGCUAGUUUCUCUCCUUAGCUCUUGUUUUUUUUUUUCUUUUUUUCUUUUUCGGCUCAACAAGCCAAAAUCAUGACUAGAAAGAAGGUGAAGUUGGCUUACAUCAAUAACGAUGCCUCUCGAAAAGCCACUUAUAAGAAGAGAAAGAAGGGCCUGCUAAAAAAGGUGAGCGAGCUGAGCACAUUGUGCGGUGUAGAUGCGUGUGCAAUCAUUUAUAGCCCGUAUGACACUCAGCCUGAGGUGUACCCUUCUCCAGGAGGAGUACAUCGUAUAGUGAAAAAGUUCAAGAAGAUGCCUGAGAUCGAGCAGGGCAAGAAGAUGAUGAAUCAAGAAGUUUUCCUAAAGCAAAAAAUUGGAAAGGUGAGCGAGCAAAUGAAGAGGCUGAAGAAAGAGAAUCGUGACAGAGAGCUGAAUCGACUCUUGUAUGGCAAUCUCUCUGGUAAGAUGAAUCUUCAAGGUCUAACUGUUACAGAUUUGAAUGAUCUCACAUCGCUUAUUGACCAAAAUUUGAAGGAUAUUAAUAAAAGAAUGGAAGAAUUAGCCAAAGAAACUAAGACUGCUCGAAUGGCGGCAGCUGCUGCAGCAAAAGUGCCUCCACUCAUGAAUAGGGAAGUAAACUCUACUUCUGCUACUACUUCUACGGCGUAUAACAAUAAUCGUGGCGGGGGCAUGCAGAGGAGGCAAGACUUAAAUACACAAAAUCAAGCCAAUAACAAUAAUGCAAUGAAGUUUGGGGGAAGGGAUGCGAUUUUUCCAUUAAGGAACAACAAUAACAUGAACUUGAACUAAAUGUUCUUUAGUUAUGAGGAUUAUUUGUGUUUCUGAAGUUAUUUGUGUUAGUUUGGUAUUUUAUUUUAUUCUCUUGUUGUUGUUGUCCGUUAAAAUUAUUGUUAAUUUUAUUUUAUGUGCCCUUUUUAUGUUGUUUUAAUUAAGUAAUAUGAGUGUUAUUGGUGUUGUUAUAUGUAGUUUUCAUUUCGAUGAAGUUUUUAUUUUAGUUAUUUAUUGUGUUAUGUUAUUUUUUCGGAAUAAUCUCGAAUUUUGUUUAGAUUUCAUAGUUUUAUUAUUUUAUUGUAAAUUUUUAUAUAAAAUCAAAUAUAAUCACAAGGGCAUUGUAAUAAAUAAAUAAAUAAAAAUAUUCUCUUUUAAUUAUAUUUUAUAUUAAAUAAAUAAAAAAUUAAUAUUCCCAUUUUGAUAUAAUUAAGAUAAUUAUAAUAAUUAGACAACUGGAUACAUUUUAAUGCACAUAUAUAACAGUAAUGCCAACACACACGGAGUAUGGUAACAUUAAAUUUGAAGUUAUACCUAUUUAAUUGAUUUUGUUAAAUGUAGAUUAAUUACCCUGUGACAUAUUAUAUUUUUGAUAAAUUUAAUUGCUUAUUCUAGUAACGGAUUAUAUAUUAAAUAAUUCAUUGUUUAUGAUUGUUAUAGAUACAUACUAUACCCUCAAUAUAUAUUUACC